UUACAGCACCUUCGCAGCAGAUGGUGAACUCUCCUUCGCAAUGAUCUCCGGGGCCCUCGCAGUAGCACGGAUGGCGCACAAGUACCUGAUGCCCAGCAUGCUCACGCUCGUCGUGAAAUACCUGAAGCGGGCCUUCCCGGUUGAGUUCCGCAAAUGGGCCGCCAGUCCAUUCCGCUCCGCCCUUACCCCCAACGAGGCCGUGCUUGCCAUCGGUGCCGUCAACCUCGCGCGCCUCAUCGACGAGCCCUCCCUGCUCCCAACUGCCCUCUUCGUCUGCUACUGUGUCCAAUCCACGCACUUACUCAAGGGACUCGCACGCGAGGACGGCUCAAUCGAGCACCUAGAGCUAGAAGACGUUGGACGCUGCCUCGACGCGCGCGGGCGUCUCGCGGAGAAGAUCCUCAUCCUCGCGACCCGGAUCUUCGCGCUCUCGGUCUCGAAGAAGUGCGCCGCCCCGGAGAUGUGCCGGGAGGCGCUGGGGAUGAUGCUGGAGGGCGUGGGCCAGUACGCUGCGGCGUUCGCGGAAUCGGACGUGUUCUCGUCGUGGCUGGGCGCGUACGAGAACUCGUUUGUGAGACUGUGCUGCCAGCGCUGCCAGGUUAUGCUGCGGGAGCGCGAUGAGAAGGAGCGGCAGGCGGUGUGGGACGAGCUUCCUGAGAUUAUGGGCGUCCGGGUCGACAACUGGGUCAAGGAGAACCCUUAAGUUAGAAUCAUAUUUCCCAUGAAGUGGGCUAUGAAGUUCGUCGCGCACGCAGGUGUCCUGGCGUGCGCCGUGGGAAGGACAUACUGACCAGGCGCAGAAGGUCGAGUUGUAAACGCUUCUUCAAGUUCGCUUCUCCCUCGGGCCCAUGUCCUAUCCAUAUCAAGACAUCGUCGAGUCUCAC